AUGUCCUCCAGCGACAGCGACGGUAUCGUUGGGGGACCAGCUAAGGCGGGAACUCCCUCAACACCCCUAAAGGAGAGCAGAAGAACCUGCUACCCAACUCCUCUGACGGCGAGGCCUUUCAAAGCCCAAAUCGCCGACGGAAGAGAAGGAGAGUCAGGCGUCUGUACUCCAGUGAGGGAAUCAUUAAUGGUAAAGCUAUUCUAUUGCCCACCAGACCCCCCGCAGCCACCAGCAGAUGUAGACCACCCCUGGAGCCCAGCAGAGGUAGACCACCCCUGGAGCCCAGCAAGCGCCGACCACGCCUGGAGCCCAGCAGACGCAGAUCACCCCUGCAGCCCAGCAGUCGCAGGCCACCCCUGCAGCCCAGCAGAGGAGGGAUAA